UCUGAACCUGUUCUUCUGAGUGAUCCCAUGCAAUGGCGAAUGAGAAGUUCUGCUGUACAUGGGUUGCACUUGCAGAUACCACCUCCAAGACCCACCAGUCCCAGAGGCUCCAUGAAGCUCUCUCCUAUGUAGACGAAAAAGUGGGUGCCAUUAGAGCACUUGUGGAAGAUGAUGGUGACAAAUCACAAAUUCUUCAAAUCCUUGAAGAAAUGAAAAAGUCUUACUGUGCUUUAGCAGAGGGCCAUGACCAGUUGAGAUCCAAGUUCAGUCACCUCCAGGAUGCAAGAACUUCAGCAUCCCCCUUCAACCCCAAGAUUCUCCUUGAAGGCGUCGACAACGAGGAUGCAUCCGGAGUCUCUGAGAGCCCUAAAAUGGACAGUCUUGAUUCCCGCCCAGAGUCUGCCGUCAUAGAUCCUGAAGUGGAGUUCGACAACUUCCACUUCGAGAUCCCGGACAAGUUGGCCAAUGGGAUAGUCCUGGAUGAACCUACCAGUGCCAAUCUGAAUCUGAUAAAACCGAUUGGUGGAGAAAUUCAUGAAAAACAUACUGACGUGCCCACCAUAGAAGAAAUCAUUCCUGUGAUCCACGGUUCUGAGACUGAUCGGGAAGUAAAUGGAGAUGACUGGACUGAACAUUUAGGGUGGGAGAUGAAUUGGAAUGAGCUGAAGGUGCAGGUCACAAAGUUGAUGGAGGAGAACCUGCAGAAGCAAGCAGAGCUGGUGAAAAGAAACGAAGAGAAGAGGGGAAUCAUCAGAGGCCUCAGGUCGCAGCUGAAUGGCUUGAAGGCCGAGAAUAAGGCGCUGCAGGACUGUCUCGUCUGCUCUAAGGCCGUCCCGAAGGGCAUCCAGUUUCAGAUGACGAGAUUGAAAGGCCUAGUCUUGAGUAGAAUUUUCGGAAUAAGUUCUCGGUGACGGUGUUAGGGAGAUCACAAGCCACUGCAUUGACGCACUCAACUGAAACGAAUCACUUCAGCUAAUAAAGUUAAUUCUCUGGUCAUACCCCAAGCAGCACGCGGCCUCGCCUUAAAAUCGCAAGCAAACAUAUAAUGAGCCCGUGUGCUGCUUUCCUUGUUCAUAUGUAGGGUGCUUUUCUUGUUCAUAUGUAUGGUGCGGAAACAUUCUCGUCAAACCACAGACUGUGUAGGAGUCUUCUGCUUCAAAUUUCCUAUCGACUUUAACUUCCAGUAAUAAUUGUCUGUCAAUUCCUAGUUUACCUUCAAUCAGAUCA